AUUUCACACGUGGCAAUCAUAGAGCAAUUACAAACUUUGUAAACGCGUCGGUUUAUAAAAGGAAGAUUAUAGUAGAAAAGACAAUGAUAUAGGCAUCAUCUUAUCAGGGUAGCAAACAUAGCAAUUUGUAGGACAAGUUUAAAAAAUAUAUCUUCAUGCUGCAAAUGAAUGUUUGCUGAAACACAAACAUAGUGUGAUUUUCGUAGGGAUCUGGAUGAACCCUUAAUAUUGUUAUAGUGUUGGUGAGUGAAACACGAAGCUGAUCCACAUCCGAGUAUAAACGAUGGUCCAAAGAGAGAAUUUCACGGAAUUUUCACUUCACAGUUCUUUCUUUGUCGUUAUUGGGAACGGAGGCAACCUGUCUGUCUAACCGUCGAUCAGGGCGUGAAAAACUAAUCUGAAUUCUUGUGGAAUCUUCACAAGGGCAAAUUAAAGCUUGUAAAUGUUUUCUCAAACUUGUUUUAAUUCAGGGCUUCAAAUAAACUGUUUUAGAUCCGGUUAUCGUGUGAACAAAGAAGUCGACAGUCGCUUGACCUUUAAGUGAAAAAGAACUUUUUUAUUGUGAGCGCAAAGGCAGAGUUAAUUUGAAGUUAGUUGGCUGGAUGAUGUAAACCAAGAGAGGAGAGCGGGAAGGUUUUCACUUCCAGAAAACAUUGAAAGGAUAAGACCGACAACAGUACGUGAAAAGUGAAUGGAUGAGAAGAAACCUCGACGAAAAAACUUUGGGUUCUUUGUAUGUUUAUGCAAGAAUAAUAAAAACGUAAAUUUUUAAACUACAUAAUCUAAAGAUCAGAGGCGUUCAGCUCCGUUAGAACAACCAACGACAAAGUAAAACUCCUCCCGAACUAUGUUCUCAUUUCAAUGGAAAUUAGCUACGUAGGCGCGGCUUUCAAAUCUGAGAAUUGGAUUGCAAUAAAAUUCCAGCAAAAAGUUUCAACAAGAAUCGGAGUAACUAAGUGAUCGUCAUAUACCUUAAAAGUAAGCCAGCAAGUUUUUGAGUCGUGGUACGGUUCUGAAGGUGGAGGAGAUUGCCAACUUUACAAAUGUCAAAUUAACUUCUACGUCUAUUAGCGUAACAUGCAUGAAGCUUUUCCAAGUCUUCCAUUUGAGAGUACCAUUGCAAAAAAUAUAUUGUUCACGCUAGAGCAAGCAUCACCAUUACUAGCACUAACGUUGUACACUUCUGAACGAAUAAAGCAGCUAAACACAACUUCAAAACCAAAUUUUGAAGCAAUUUCAUUGGUGAUUAAAUCUAUUCCUGUAACCAAAACAAAAGAAACUUUACUUUUCCCGACAUCAUCAAGCAACUCAGAAUCAAUAAUAAUUAUCACUGAAAGGAUAACAAUUAGUAGUGAGUGCACGACAAUUAAAGAAACGUUGGUGGAUAACCAUCCGGAGAAGGAUGUUGUAUCUGAUACUGACAGCUCACAAAGCCACGUUGGCAAUUUGCCAUCAACAGUCGUCCCAACAGCAACAUCAGGGACAGCAACGGCUAAUCCGGUGGUAUUAGCAGUGUCAACUACAUCGACAUCUGGCGGGCCCAGCGGAUUUGGGAGCGGAAAUGUAAUUUCUACAUCAGUUGCAGCGACAAUAUCUAAAACACCUUGCUUCAGUGAGUUAGAGGAAUUACAAAACAUCCUGCACUUUCCUGAAGAGGUUGCACUUAGGAUCACUGAUACUGAGUAUCAAUUAUUUUAUCAGGUAUCUUCGAACGAUUUCAUCGAUGAAGCGAUCUGUGACCUGCAGCAAGAGUUCUCUCCGAAUACUUCUAUUGAGGAAACUCUCAUCCUUACUGCCUCAGAUACAACGAGUACUAGUUGUAGUCGUAGUAGUAUUGCUGGUGACACGCGAGAGCAGAUAGGAACAAUUGGAACUGCAUCCGCCUCUACCAUAAACGACAGGUGUAGCUCUACUACUCACAAUAAAUCCGAAUUGUUUACAUCAAAGCUGAAUCAUAUUCGUAAAAGGUUUUGUGAGACGAGUGCGUGGACCAAUUAUUUUAUUCUGUCACAAGGUACAAAUGACGAACGUAAGGCGGCCUUUGCGUGUCUUUUGCGUGUUGCUAUUUCAUGCUGGAAUAUUGGGAAUUUUAAUGGGGCUAAAGAAAUAGUGGAUGGUCUGAAAUCAAUCAAGAAAGAGUUAUAUCUAACACCGGCUACAGAACGCGGACGAAACACUGUCUAUGAAUUUCUUUCUACAGUUUUUGACUCCAGCGAGUAUAACAGUGCACUUUCGAGAGCAUUGGCUAUAUCGACAUGUCGGCCAAUCCCCUAUUUCAAAAACCAUAUCGAUGAAAUCAAAUUCUUACUUAGAACUGCUUCUGAACCAACAUCACGAGAUUUGCAGCGAGUGGAAAAGUACUAUUUAGGUGAUUCAAAACCAACGCCAUCAAACGUUGAUGAUGAAGAAUUUAUCCAAAAAUUGAUUAAGGCCGCAAUACCAUUGAAUUAUCCGGCUCAAUUCAGUACAUCGACUAUACCAUUACCUUCAGAUGAACCAACAGAACUAUUGUUGAUAUCGGAUUCGCUGGACGAACCGAAAAUCGAUCCACUAACUGAAGAAAUUUAUACCAAAAUACUACCAGCAUUGCAAAAAGUUAACGCAUUUUUGAGCCAUCAUAGGAAUUUAUGUCGUGAGUCCCCUCAUAGCUUACUGGAUUUUCUCAGAUCUGCUGCCAACAAUCCUAGACAAACAAAAAUCCCCAUUUAUCAACCAUCGAAUGUACAAGAACUAGAAGAGGACUAUGAAGUUGAAAUAGGAAGCUACAAUCCUGUACAGCCUCUGUUUUUCGAUCACGGUGUCAGCAUUGUACCUCUGUUAGUUCGUAAAAACAAUGCUGUAGAUCAUCAUAUAUUACAGAUUCUUCAUCAUGGCACAACAGCCGUACUUUGGGAACCGGAAGUUCCGGCGGAUCGUUCCACUUAUGUAUUUAUUCGUCUGGAACGAUCUUGCUCCAAUAUCUCAUGGCAACGAACGGCAUGGCGUAGAAUCAAAUCACAACAAGAGUAUGAAUUCAACCAUAAUCCAGAAGAAAGUGUUGCAUGGCGGUUCACGUCCAGAUAUUUUUCUAACACAGGAGAUUUGGAAAUGCAGUGUCAAAACUUAGAAGAAGGGACAUUAGACCUAGGAACAAUCAAAGAUAUCACAAUGGGUUCUCGCAAUCACGAAUACGAUUCGGAAAUCCUGGCUGCAGGAAGGCGAUUUGGGUUAACACACGUAGAAUGUUGUGUAUCAUUGUUAUAUGGCAGCUCCGCUAGUGAAAAUCGAGUGUUGUGUAUCUUAUGUCCCCCAAUGUUAUGUCGAACAUGGUACAUUGGAUUGCACUGGAUGCUUCGGGGACUUCGACGCCAACAGAGUUUAAUUGAUCGAUCUAUGCUUUGGCUGAAAGAACUUUACAUUCAGUUGUAUUUUGAAGAGGGUUCAUGCAAUGAACCAACAGUGGGUGAUGCGAUUAAAGCGUUUGGUGGUCAACUAUACUUAUCUUCCAUCAGAUCAAUUUCUGGUGCAUACAUCAAUGAAUCCGCUCCAGAAUUAGCAACAUCCGCUUUCACGGCAUUAUCAAAUAAAAAAGACUCUACCGUAAAAAUUAAGAAGAAACGAUCUGUUGCCAAUUUGCUGAAUCAAAAUAACAUUAACAGUAACAGCAGUCCUUCAAUAGAUCAUAGCUCAAGCGAAGUAGACAAAAAUCGAGCAACAGAACGACGGAAAGAUCGUAAUGGUCCACAUGAUCAACUCAGGCAGAAUAUGAAAAACUUACGCAUAGGAACGGUAACCCACGAAACACAGCUUGACUUUUUAAGUUUCGUCUCCCUGUACAGAUCUUUUAGUAUAUUGACGAGGCCUGAUUUACGCGAUAUUUUCAACCAGUUGGCAGUGAUAUCUGUAUGCAGAACGACGCUCAAUGGCGAGAAAAGUAGGAGUGCUCCUGAGCUUUCUGAUGCUGCAGUGAAGCGGAAAAUAGGAUUGCUAACACGUAAUUGUUCAUUGGAUUUGGAUCUUUCGGACACCAAAUACGCACGGAAAAAACAUUUCGACGCUAUAGCUGCUUCAAGCAUCGCCGCAAGCAAUGAUUUUCAGUCGUGCAACAAUAAAGUGAUUACAAUGUCAACGUUUAAAAAAUUUCUAGAGACUAGACAGAUGGAAAUGCUGAGUGAUGAGGAUGUGAAAGCGAUCAUACAACGUCACGAGCCGGAAGCAGCGAAUCGCAUAGAAAAUUGCAUGAGUUUCGAAGGAUUUGCUCGGUACAUGAUAGACAAGGACAACUAUGCAUUCCUCAGCGAGCUAAUGCCGGAAAGUUCAUACAUGAAUUUACCUCUUUCCCAAUAUUAUAUUGCGUCGUCACAUAACACGUACUUAACUGGUCAUCAGUUGAAGGGCGAAAGUUCGGUAGAACUGUACAGCCAAGUGUUACUAACUGGUGCUCGUUGUGUUGAACUCGACUGUUGGGAUGGAGAGGAUGGUACUCCUGUUAUUUACCAUGGUCAUACAUUUACCACCAAAAUUCCUUUUCGUGCAGUUGUUGAAGCAAUUAAUAAGUCGGCCUUCAUACAGUCAGUCUAUCCAGUAAUUCUGUCAAUAGAAAAUCACUGUUCAGUUGUUCAGCAACAAAGAAUGGCCAACAUAUUUCAGUCUAUAUUUGGUGAAAAAUUGGUAACUAAUUUCAUGUUUGAUCAAGAUUACACUGAUGAUCCACUACUGCCAUCUCCACUUUCUUUGAAGUACAAGAUACUUAUAAAAAACAAAAAACUACUUGUAGAAGUACCAGCAACCUUAUCGACUGGUCUGACACGUCAAAAUACCUACAAACAGUCGAACAUUACAAGUCGGACAAGUUCUAUUAUAUCAAACACUAGUGGUAGCUCUGUAAAUGAAGAAUUUAGCGAUGAUGAAUACGAAGAUGACGACGAUUUUGACAAUAUUGACGAUAAAACAUAUCAUACAAAUUGGGGAUCAAUAGAGGAUAAGUCUAGGCACAGUGUAUUGCAUGCUAGUAUCCCGGUGCCUGCGAAGCAACGGUUCGAGCAACAACAUAUCCAGUUGCAGCAACAACUUUUUCAACAGCAACAUCAUCAAGAUGACCGGUCUCGUAAACGCAGCAAUCAGAUAGCUCGGGAGUUGUCGGAUUUAGUGAUCUAUAUUCAAGCAAUAAAAUAUCGCGGCCUCAAUCCGUAUAGUCCGCAAAACUCUAUACGUGCCAAUCAAAAACAACAACUGAAGACUAGCGGGAGUGUAGUUACCGUUGGAAGCAUACUAAAGAAUAGUUCAGGUGAUACGCUAAGUCUACCAUCUUCUGGACACUUAUCGGACAGCCUAUCCUUGAACUAUGACUCGGCAAGCAUCAGUGGUAGUGAAGGACAUUUACCUCCCGCAACGAGAACUCGCAGCAUGCCGAAUGCUAACCAUCCAUGCUAUCAAUGUUCUUCGCUGAAUGAAGCCAGUGCUAAGAAACUUUGUCGGAAGGAUCCUCUGAGUCUGAUUGCACAUACGGAAACGCAGCUGAUACGGACCUAUCCUGCAGGAUUACGAAUAGACUCAUCCAAUUUUAAUCCAGUUUUUUUCUGGUCCUUUGGGUUCCAAAUGGUCGCCCUUAAUUACCAAACAGAGGACAUGCCCAUGCAUAUCAAUAAGGCGAUGUUUGAAGAAAAUAACAGCUGCGGCUAUGUUAGAAAACCUGAUGUUCUUUGGAACAGAUCCCACUUGAUGUACAGAAGGUUUAAUCCUUUGGAAAAAGAGUUUGAUGGAUUGCAUGUAACGCAAUUAGUGAUUAAUAUAGUGUCAGGACAAUAUCUGAACCAUGUUACAAGUAGUAUGAAUAUACACGUCGAAAUCGAAUUGUUAGGUAUACCGAUUGACUAUGGAAGACGGAAAACAAAAGCGGUUAGGCAUAAUCUUUUUAAUCCAGUGUGGAAUGAAACUUUUUUUUUCAAAAUAAUGUUUCAUGAUUUAGCUUUUCUUAAAUUUACCAUCUAUGAAUCUGAUUCUAUUGUUGUGGCUCAACGUGUAAUAUCCCUCAAGUGUUUUCGUCCUGGCUACCGACACGUACGCCUUCGAUCUCCAACGAACCAACCGCUUAAUAUGGCAUCACUAUUCGUAUAUACUAGAGUAGAAGAGGAAGGUCUCGAUAGAUCAUAUGGUGAAAUAGACGAACAAUAUCUACAGCAAACUCGAUUGGCGAAUAGAAAAGAUGCAUCCGACGAUGUGGAACCGCUAAUGGAAAAUAAAGUUCCACUCUUGAAACGGAAAACAUUUUUCUGUACUGUGUACGAUGCCGUACCGAAUAAUCCGUUCACUAUUUUAAAGAUUACGCAAGAGUGUACAACGAAAGACGUACUCAUGAUGGUGUUGCAGAAAAUGAGUAAAUCGAGAACGGAUAUUUCAAACUAUAUUCUAAUAGAAGAGGUGUAUACAGGAUGGGAAAAGAAAGAUAAAAGGCAUCCACCAACCCAAAGAGUAUUGGAUAUGACAGAAAAGCCGUUACAAUCGCAAGCCAGCUGGAAAGGAGACGGUCGCUUUAUACUGAAGCGAAUAGGAAAUGACCCCAGCAGUCGAGCAUGGGUUACAUCUAUUCGGCGAACUACAGAUGCCAGAAGAGCGUCGAUAGCAACAACACCAUGCGGCGAAGCCGUAACCGGGCAAGAAUGUGGAACUUCGACCGAUGAUCCUCUUGGUCUGGAAAACGUUGAUAAUUUUCUCGUCUGUGUAUUUAACGUAUCGCACGACAUACCAUACGCAAUACUGCGGGUGCCUAUGAAAUCGACGGCACAAGAUGUGCUUGCUCAGGCUUUACUAAAGGCACGCCGCUUAGACAACCCCAACAAUUUUGUACUAGUAGAAGAGUUAAAUUACAGCAACAAAAGCAAUGACACGAUGCAGCGAAUUCUGUUGGAUGAUGAAAACGUCUACAUGACCCAGGCAAACUGGAAGUCCAUCGGCCGCUUUGUUAUCCACGAGCGGAGCCAACUGACACCUUCAACAAUCCGCAAAACAAUUCUACCAAUUGAGAAGAUUAGUCGUGGUUUCAGUAUUAGCCGUGGUUCAUCUUCCUCAUCCACGUCUGUCCACUCGUUGGUAUCAAAAUCGCCUAUUCAGGUUGCACUGAGUGACCCAACAACAUCGAGAAUCAAAUGUCGAUCCUCGGAUGCGACAACUCACGGAGUUAAAACAAGACAUUCACAUUCCGGUUUGGGAUCUACUGGCUCUGGCUCUAGCACUGGAGGACGGCAUAAGUACAACUCGGAGAAAAAUACUUCAUUUUCCAGUACAAGCAGUAGCAGUAAUGCCACAUCAAAAUCAGGUAAUCGUCGUGAAGUGCACUCUGAAGGGGAAACCCUUAGCGAUGAAGAAGCAAAGGAAUCCGAUAUCCUCUCGACUAUGUCGCGUUUUAAGCGCAUGUCAAUAAAGAAAUUAAAAUCGUGGAAAUCGUAAUUUUCACAGACGACUAAUCCAAAUCUGGAUUCAUACAAAAGCUCAGAGCUCUUGAUUUGUUGGGUUGCCAUCAUACUUCGAAGCCAUGGACCAAUUGGUUAUGCACGUAAAAAAACGUAUAGAGCAUCAUGUCUCUUAGUUUUAGUCUAAUUAGACUCGUGAAAAAUAUUAUUAUCUUUAAGCGCAAUUUUUUCGCUUUGUUUCCUUCCACAGCAUUUAUUCUAGCUUAAAUUUUCGGUGUGACAAACGAUAUAAUGUAGGUACUAUCCCGUUUCGUUGUUUCCGGUGGCAAAAAUUAAAAGUUUUCUUUUCGUCGUCUGGUUAUGUGGAGAUAUUUGUUUCCCUCAACAGCGUUACCUGAAUAUGCCAAGGAACAUACAAUAUAUUUUCUUGCCUUAAUCAUUCUUCUGUUCGACAAAAUUCGGAUCGUGAAUGAUUAGAAACGUGUAUUUGGGCUUCUACUUAGCCUAUAGCCAGUUCAUAAUUUUUUUCUGCCUUUAAGUGUGUUGGCAAAUUGACAGUGCUAAGACACUAGAUUGAGGGACGAUAAUCCGCCGAAACUCCACCGUAGCACCAAAGUUGUUUUCUCGAAUCUCUCAGUCGAGCAACACCGAUAAAUUAAUACGCCGUGAACCCACGUGUAAAGAUAUUUCAAAUGUUUAGGAAUCAGAUUAAAGCUGAUUUGGUAGUUUUCGGAAUAAAUCUUGUUUCGAUUCAAUAUGCGAAAUCUCGAAGCCGACUUUAGGGUACAAAAAUAGUUGCAUAUAAGCACUUCUGAUAGAAGCAAAAAUCUCAUUUCCAAAUAUGACUGACGAAUUCGAUAUAAUCAAAGAAAAGUAAACUUUUUUAAUAUUUUGUUGAUAAUAAAGACUGCAACUACUAUUCAACUGUGCUGGUUUCGAUCCAUGCAAAUUCUCUUAUUCAACGGACCUUCUUAAAUUUUCAUGAAACUAUGCUGCUAGGUUGACUACCACACAUAAUACAGUCUUUCAUUAGCUGUUAUUAUUCCGCAGGACGUGUUCGAAUUCCGAAUAGUUAAUUGUUGAAAAAAAAACACCAUUAAUUGUUGAAAACUGGAAAUACAAUCAAAAUGAUAAAUUGAAUACACUUUACUUUUCGACUGAAAAAAAGAAAAUGUAUCCUAACUUUCGAUGAAAUUUUGGCCACAGUUGGAAUAAAAAACUGUGGUGAUUUUGUCACUUUUUCAGGCAUUAUUGAAUAUUUUUUUACCGUUAGAUUUACACACAAAGUUCAAAAAUUUGUUAUAGUCGGUAAUUUUUACAGUAAACACCGAUUAUGGAAUAAUUCUUCAAGUGAUUCCGGUGGAAAAAAUUUGUGUAAUAAUUGUUUGUCAGGGUAUUGUUUUUUAACUCCGAAUAGUCCUACAUGUUUUCCUUCUCUUGGAAAACCAUCUACAAUCAAUUUGGCGAUAACAGACCAAAGUCAUGAAUGUAGCGAAUUGAUCCAUGAUCACACAUGCUAAUUUUUACUUUCCUCAUAUGACAUUAAUCAAUUUUAAGCCCUAUUAGCUCUGUGUUCAGUCAUCAAUAAUUUCAAUAAUGAUAAAGAUUCAUGAAAUAAAGUUACUCUUGAUUCCGCUUCGGAAGCAUUGAAGUGCGCAUUUUUUAUGCCCGCAAUUGUUAUAUCCCAAAAGGUCAGAAGACACUUGAUUAACCAAUUAAGGACGAUUAGUGUUCAGUUUCUUAUACGUUUGAAAAAUGUACGCAGGUGCCGCCCAUGUGACCCGGUUUUUAAAAAUAUUGAUCAAGAUUUUAAUUACUUUCAGAUUAAACGUAGUCUGGCUCUUUCAAGAAAUCAAAUUUUAGGACUGAAGUCGAAAAAUUGAAAUAUUUAAAUUCUAAGCCUGUUCCAGUAAUUAAGGACGGUGAUUAUAUCAUUAAUAAAAUGUGAAUACAGCUCAAAGAAUUGUUCAGCAAAAGUGUUACAAUUCAAACUUGAUUGUUUUAGAUCAAAUUUAAAGGGAGUCCCUCGUCAAUAUUAUUAAAUUUCUACCCAGGAUUCUAUGGUUGAAGUAGAAAUUGAAACUUAUUUAAACAGGAUUGAUCUUAAAAACCUUAAUAAAAUUUUCAGAAAUAUGAAAGCACCUGGUGAUUACUGGAACUUUCGUUUCAAAAUACUUCUGAUAGCACAAUGCAAUUAUUAGUAAAAAUUAUUAAUAAUUGUUUCAAAAAUGGAUAUUUUUUUUAAAUUGCAGAAUAUUCCAAAAAAUACACCAUAUUUACAGCCAUAAUAAAAUCCAGCUGAGGUUUGAAUUUAUCGACCAAAACACAUACACAGUCAGGUUUUUUUACGCGGUUUUUAUACGCGGUUUUUUACGAGGUUUUUUCACGCGGAUUUUUGAAUUAACGCGGUUUUUUUUACGCGGAUUUUUUAAUUAACGCGGUUUUUUUACGCAGCUUUUUGAAUUAACGCGGUUUUUUUACGCGAUACCGCGCUAAUUCAAAAAAAAAAAUUCACGAAUUUCCAAAUUAACGUGGGUUUGGAACCAGAAACGUUUAAGUGUUUAUCUAGUAAAAGACUUAAUCCAUAAAAUACUCUCCGCCCACCGAAAGAUCCGGAAUGACCGUCAAAGAGGACAAUUAAAUACUGUAUUAAAUACUGUUUCUAGAGUGUCUCGGGUUUUUUUCUAAAGCCCUUCUUGCUGGACUACUUUACGCGGUUUUUAAAAAAAACGUGGUUUUUUUUACGCGGAUUUUUGAAUUAACGCGUUUUUUUUACGCGGAUUUUUGAAUUAGCGCGGUUUUUUUACGCGGAUUUUUGAAUUAACGCGUUUUUUUUACGCGGUUUUUUUUUACGAGGUACGUAUCCCCCGCGUAAAAAAAACCUGACUGUAUAUCUAUAACUGAUCGAGCUCUGCAGAUUGUCUACCAGAAUUCAAAAUCUAGUAGAUUUGUAAGGGCAAGUGUCAUCAAUUUUUCUUCGAGCUGUUGACAUAAUCUACCCACAAUUACAUUACACUUUCAUUUCCCAUCACUUUUUAAUUCUAUCACUUUUCAUAUAUCACUUGUAAAUAUCGCAUUAGUCCAUCUAAGCACUGAUGAAGGCGCUAAGUCAGCGUUGAAAUGCGUAUUUGCAUGUGAUAAGUGAAAAGUGAUAGGAUUAAAAAGUGAAGUGAAAUAAAAGUGUAAUGUAAAAAAAGGACAAGUGUGCCUAGAGUUCAAUUCUAGAUCCAGUGCUGUAUAACAUAUUCACUUCAUAUCUUCCUGAUUUACCUCCAGGAAACGUGAAAUUAUUGUUCUGAGAUGAAAAAAGCAUUUCAGUAAAAGAAAAGGUUUUCGUGCCAUGUACAGUUGAUUACAAAAAUGCUUAGAUAUUUCCUUCAGCUACUUGAAAUAGUUAAAGUUUUAUUACACUUCUUUUAAAACUCAAUCGGUUAGUAGGUCACAUAAACCUAGAGCUUCUUCUCUUUAACAAAAUAAUAAUAAUCACGUUUUCAAAAUGAAUAAAAAUUAUUUUGAGAAAUAUUUAAAAUUGGUUUGACGAAGUUGAAUACUUGGAACUUAUUUAAGACAAAUGACUUAUUCUCAAAGAGUAAAGGGUGUUACGGUGAAAAAUUGGUCAAACAAGAAUGUGUGUGAUUCGAUCAUCUUUUUAUUAAAAAAUCAAAUCAUGUUUGUUUGUCAUGUCCAAAUCGUACAGAAUAAAAGAAAAAUAUUGACUCAAGCUACCUUUUCAGCGAAUGCGGAUUGCUGGCCCUCUCUCUUGACUGCUUCCAUCAGCUAAACAAAACUCAGCCUUUUUGGUCACUUUGUUCGCUGCAGAACGCCAGUUAACCUUGAAUGGCAUCUCGUUGAACAGUCUUUCGUAUCUUCUUGAGGUUCCGCUCGACAAUAGCCCAGUAUUUUUUUAACAAGGCGGAGCUCUGGUGUGUUGGGAGGGAUCAUGUCCUUUGGCACCACCUGGACGUUAUUCGCGGCACACUACUCCAUGGCCUUUUCUCCGUAAUGAAAAGAUGCCAAAUUCGACAAAACAAACCGGAACAAAUGUGUUGCUUGAGGAAAGGGAAACAAACGUUUUCUUCAGGCACUUCUGCACAUAAAUUUGCUGGUUGACGAAACCUUUCCCGAUGAAAAUGUUGCUCUCCAAAUUACAUGAACAGAUGGUGUCCUACUGGUGUCGAAAUAUUAGAAAAUAUAAUAAUAUAAUAAUAAGUUUUUUACCAACGAUAAGUUCUCUUUGUAAUCAACAAGUGAGCAAUUAAGUUAUUCGUAUUGCAAGAAAAUUUUCUCAUUUUUGGCAAGUAAGUUUUAGCCCCUGCGAAUGAUUAGCCUAAACUGCGAAAGCAAUUAUAUUUCAACAAUUCCCAGUACACAUCUUUGCUGAUGUCCCCAUAGGUGAUUAGCCACGCAAAAUAAUUUACUGAUAAUUGAUAAUUUAUUAUAAAAAAAUUUAACUUUCUCAAACCUUCAUAAUGCUCCCUCUCUCACCCUCUCUCUUGACUGCUUCCAUCAGCUAAACAAAACUCAGCCUUUUUGGUCACUUUGUUCGCUGCAGAACGCCAGUUAACCUUGAAUGGCAUCUCGUUGAACAGUCUUUCGUAUCUUCUUGAGGUUCCGCUCGACAAUAGCCCAGUAUUUUUUAAACAAGGCGGAGCUCUGGUGUGUUGGAAGGGAUCAUGUCCUUUGGCACCACCUGGACGUUAUUCGCGGCACACCACUCCAUGGCCUUUUCUCCGUAAUGAAAAGAUGCCAAAUUCGACAAAACAAACCGGAACAAAUGUGUUGCUUGAGGAAAGGGAAACAAACGUUUUCUUCUGGCACUUCUGCACAUAAAUUUGCUGGUUGACGAAACCUUUCCCGAUGAAAAUGUUGCUCUCCAAAUUACAUGAACAGAUGGUGUCCUACUGGUGUCGAAAUAUUAGAAAAUAUAAUAAUAUAAUAAUAAUUUUUUUACCAACGAUAAGUUCUCUUUGCAAUCAACAAGUGAGCAAUUAAGUUAUUCGUAUUGCAAGAAAAUUUUCUCAUUUUUGGCAAGUAAGUUUUAGCCCCUGCGAAUGAUUAGCCUAAACUGCGAAAGCAAUUAUAUUUCAACAAUUCCCAGUACACAUCUUUGCUGAUGUCCCCAUAGGUGAUUAGCCACGCAAAAUAAUUUACUGAUAAUUGAUAAUUUAAAAAAAAAAUUAAUUUUUUCAAACCUUCAUAAUGAAAAUGUAAUUCGGAGUUGUGUGAGUAAAAUUUUCUCUUGACAUAAUUUUAAACGGAUUAUUAGUUUUCAAGACAUGAUGUUCUAGGACUACUGUUUCAACAUAUGCCAUUUUAUUUGAAUUUUGUAUUCGAUUGUAUAGUAACUCCACAGGCUAACAGACGUAACACUAAAAUCCGGUUCCAUCGCCACAAAAAACGAUCAUUUCAGAUUUACAAUCAAAUAAGGGGCCAUCCACAUACCACGUGGACAGAUGCCCAUAUAAAUUAUGAAAAAAUUGUAUGGACCGUGGACAUUAGCAACCCCCCCCCCCCCCCCUAAAGCUGUCCACGUGGUAUGUGGAUGGCCCCUAACAGCAAUUGCGCGACAACACCAUCUUGGGCGUAGUCAUGCAAUCUAAUACAAAUUUUGUGGUUUCCAAUUUGACACAUGCACGUACGGUAGUGCUGAUGUCGAAACAUAGCGCGAUGGUUCUAGUGUUACUAACGUAGAGUACAGGUAUUAUCCGAACUAUGGUUUUAUUGAAAAUUUGUUCAAAAUGUUAUGUCUAUUAGUCUGUGGUAACUUUACAUUUAAAAUCCGGACUACCUCGUGUUCAGGGUGAAACUAGAUAGGAGAACAAGGCAACGAUCACCCUUAAGGCCUAAACACAACGGGUACGUUGCGGCUGCGUUUGCGGCAAUUUGAGAGUUAGCCCAUACAUUUUCUGUCAAAUUAACGUCAACGCAACGCAAACGUAUCCAUUGUGUUUAAGCCUUUGUUACGAAGUAGUCCGGAUAUGCUCAUAGUUAGAAUGCUAAAAGGGUAGCGAAAUAACCCCGUACCUGAAAUUCAUUGGUGCAUUUGCAUUGCUAACAACAACAGAACUCUGAAACAUAACUCUCAAACGAUUUAUUUUUGAAAUGAGCUUGGCAUCCUAAAAAUUUACUAAGUUAAAUGUUAUCGCUUUUAAACAAACACAAAUCCGGGAAAACCAGAAUUUAUUUAUUUGAAUUAUAAGAAAUCAUAAUUCGACAAUAAGAAUGAACGUAAGCUACUUGUGUUAAGAAAGCAAUUUUGAGUAUUUAUUUUAUGUUACUUAGAAAAUCACCUGCAAUAUGGUUAACUAACAACUCUGUCAGCUUCGAGUGAAAAAUAUUCAAAUGUUUGAUAUGCAAAUCUCGUUUGAAAAUCGUGAUACGAACAAUUCCGAAAGCGAAAAAAUGAUGAUUUUUAUAAUAUUGUGUUGAACUUUUGAAAAUUCUACAAUGUAACCUGCCUUGCAUAGUAAUUACUGUUUCAAUUUCAAAGCGCUACCCAACAAACAAUUUUGUUGUAUAACAACUUGUUAAGCUUUAGUUGAGCCGAAAUCUGCGUAAUAGCAGCUUAACAAGCUUUAAAUCAACAAAAUUGUUUGAUGGGUAUUUCAUAUUGAAGCGAAUAUAAUAGUAAUUGAGUUACCUUAUUUAUAGUUGAUUUAAGAUUGAAUACAUAAACAUGAGAAUAAUGAAAUUAGUCUGGUACCCAAAGCUAGUAGAUACUAAGCGCUUAAAUCCAAAAAAAAAAUUAGAGAUAAAUAAUUGCUAAUAAAUUACAAAGGAAAACUAUGUGAUAACAAUAAAUUAACACUUUUAAAGAGGAAAUAUCAGAUUGACAUUUUUUCAUUAUUCAUUUGUUUCAUGAUGAAUGUAAAUAUUGCAUUGAUAAUAAAAGAUAUACUUCAUAUACACCAUAUUUGAAUCUUCCAACUGAUUAUCUUGUUGUGUACAAGCUCGCGACCUCUCAGUAUCUACUGAACUAUGCUGAUUUGCUUUCAGAUAAUAACGAUAAAUGCAAUUCGUUGCUAAAUAGCAACAUCCAACGACUUUUCUAUGAAUUAGUUAAUGAAUUCAUUAGAAUUAUAUGGUAAUGAAGAUUAGAAUCACACUUUCUUAUGAUUUUUUUAAAAAUUGGUUGAAGCACAGAUUAAGAGAUGUAACACUUCUAACGCAUUUCUCAUGAAACCAGUUGCUUCUAGUAUAAUCUCUUUUUUGCUCUCUUAGAAACGAAAAUAUACAUAUAUUCACUAGCAUUUUUUCCUGUGAGAAACCGAACCAGAGCCACCAUUGAUAGUAGAUCGUGAUACAUUACACUAAUACAUACGUGCAUAGCCGAAUUUAGGGGAGUCCAGGGGAGGCAUGGUCCCCGGGUUCCCACACUUUGAAGGCCCCCACAAAAAUUCACUUCUCAUACAAAAAAAAAAAUUAAAAAAAUUCGUGACACUUUGAAAUAAGUGAAAUUUUAAUAAAAAUCAACAAAAUCCUGCUAUAAUCUUUCUUUAACCUAGCUUUUUGUAUGACACAUCUCUCUAUUGAAAUUGCGACGACUGAAAAGUACUUGGCCCCCCUAAACUCGGCCCUGCAUACGUGAGAGUGUAAAAUUCACGACUUUACUUUUUACUGUCGGUAUUCUUUAUUUUUGAUCACAGCCGUAUCCGAUAUUCGUACAAAAUGAUAAAUUCAAAUGAACUGGAAAAUGCUAUUCUAAUUUUCGAAGAAGCAAAACGAAGGGACAUUCGAACGUUCGCAAUUAUUCAAUAAAAAUAGGAAUGCGAACAAGAAUAAGGCAUAUUUCUCCUCACGACACGUUCGCUGAAAAACGGUCAAAUUCUUGGAAGCACAUACUUAGAAAUUUAUAUUUCUGUGAUAGCUCAUAAGCUACAAUUUGCACAGUAGAAAUUUAGUAUAACAAAGCAUAUAGCAAACAUAAACCUUUCAACUGUGGUCUAUGUUAAUAUUUCUCAUGAAAAAAAAACUAUUUAUUUGAACAAUUUUUUAUUACAGCUGAUGAAUAAAUGAUAAAAAUUAUUGAUUAUUUAAAAGAAUUUUUGUUGCAUUCACCAUUUAAUUAUCUUAAAUAAUAUUCAUUUUGUUAUACAAAAAAGAGCAAGUACACAAAGAAUUGUUAUCAAGAUUAUUCUAGGUGUUUAUACGUGUCAAUCUGAAAUUUAUACAAAUGUUUAUGAAACGAAAUAGCAUGCAAACCAAAACUGUAGUUCACAUAUAAUUCAAUAAACACGCGUGAGAGAGAUAGUCACCUUGAAAUAUAUUAGUAAUUAAACCACAAUACAUAGAAUUUUUAUAAACUAUCACCUUUUAUAAAAAGAAUAUAAAUCUACAAUGAUAAAACAUUAGCAUACAUUGUAGUAUCUAAAACAUGUGAAUCGUGUAACCAGGAACAAAAAAACUAUUAAAAAUUUGUUUUUAAUAACAAUCAUCCACAUUUACAGUCUUAGAAAUAAAACAAUAAUGAAUUAGUGAUUUGAAGUAUUGUUUAGUUAUACUACUUGGAAGAGUUUGUUGACAAAAAUAUAAAAAGGACAACAUUGAAAUGUGGUCACAAGCCGAAAAUACAAAA